AAAAAAUGCUCCCAACGACAUAGUUUUCUCGCUCGUGGGUUCAAUCCCUCUUAUGAGAGAGGACAUUCCCAUGGCAGAAGCAAAGGCACUCGGUUUUGGAAGAUCACAGUUCACAUAUCAUACCACGGAUAACGAUAGUUAUGCCCGCCGCAUAUGCUAUAAUUAUAAGGGUAUUAGACACCAUGUUGGCAAUGUCGCUCUCCCAAACAAGUACCAUGACAUACAUACUUCUAAUAUCUCACCCAAACAUGAAUCUAAUUUGGCAUCCAAAUAG